AUGGACAGCCCCUCAUCUACCAACCUCCAGGUCCCAUAUGUCCCCUCCAAGUUCUCCUCAUCCAUACACACCCGCGCGUCUAAUGGGCACCUACGAAAGAGACCAAGGCGAGAUGAUACCGACAUAGCCCCGCUUCGUCGUGGUGGUGGGAUCUCAGCGUUUCGCCCCGGGUCUCAGCGCAUCCCACAGGAGGAGGACGAGGACGAGUACAACAUCCCCCUCGAACUAGUCCAGGUCAAGCCCGUCAAGCGCCCUAACAAACGGGGGAAAAGAAAGCGCUGGAACCGCUUCAAAUGGGCGCUCGUGAUCGCGAACACCGCGCUCACCCUCUACGCCCUCGCCGGCCUCGCCGUCUGUAUCGCCACCCUCCUCGGCGUGCUCCCAGACUCUCCGAUCAUCCUCGCCGCGAACCCGACCCCGCUGCACCUCUCCACCGCCGCCGCCGGCUUCCUCCUCUUCACCGCCCUCAUCGGCUGGCCGGGCAUCCUCACCAACCACCGGCCGUUCCUCGCGAUCUACACCGCGCUCCUCCUCCCCGGCCUCGCGCUCGCCGCUGCGCCGGGCUACCUCACGUACAGGCGCGCCGCCUUCAACCUGCCCGCGAAGCUCGACGCGCAGUGGAGCGCGGGGCUCGGCGCGCGCGGGCGGCUGGCGCUGCAGGACGCGCUGCGCUGCUGCGGGUACUUCUCGCCGUUCGUGGAGGCGACGGCGGGCGGGGCGUGCUACGCGCGGAGCAUCCUCCUGGGAUGCAAGGCACCGUUCCUGCAGGCGCAGCGGCGGAUAUUGGGGGCGUGGUACGCGGCGGCGUUUGCGGUGUGCGGGGCGCAGGUGCUGGUGCUGGCGACGGCGGUGCUGUGCGCGAACCACGUCACGUACCGGUUCGGGAAGGGGAUGAUGCCGGAGCGGUAUAGGCUGGAUGAGCGGAAGUUGGCGGUAAUUGUGCAGGAGGGAAGCUCGGUUCACGGCUCUCAGGAUACCAGACCACGAGGCGACAAGCCGAGUCCAGCGUCGAGCGAAGCAUAUAUGCUGGACACUAUACCCGACCUCAGCUACAAGACCCUUCGCCCCGACCACCAUCCAUCCAGGCCCAAUCUACGCCGCGAUCCCUCCGGCUCCGACCUGCAGUACUCUCCCUCUUCUGAUCCUUCAUAUCCUCCCACUUCCAAUGCUCACCAUCCUCACUAUCCCCCCACUGCCGAUCUCUACCGCGCCUCCCAUAUGACGCGCUCGAUGUACUCGACGGACAGCUUUGCGUACGACGAGGCGUACGCGUACUCUCCGCGCGAUGACUACGUCGACCACCGGCAGGGCUACGUAGAUUCGCCGCGAGACGAGGGCUCGGGGUCGCAGUGGGCUGGCUAUGUGGACUCACCGCGGGAAGAGCGCGGACACCAUCGACGAGACGAUGCGGAUGAUGCUGCAUGGACACCGUCGGGUGUUGGUACUGCGAUGUGA